GUACAGUAGCGUCUUUUCGAUCGUCUGUACAUCGUCUCGGGCAACGUCACUCGGAAUCUAUUCAGAAUGUUAAAAGAAUUUGUCGUUUUUGCGAGUUUGAUUUUUUUUAGUUAUGGUUGUUUGAUUACGAAUUGUCCACGAGGCGGAAAGAGAGGUGAUAUCGUUCCUUCUUUGGGAACUGUUGCACGAGAAUGUUCUUCGUGUGGUCCUAAUCGUUUGGGUCAAUGCUUUGGGCCGCACAUUUGUUGUGGCCCCAGUAUUGGUUGUUUCAUCGGAACACCAGAAACAUACCGAUGUAGAAAGGAAAGUCUAUAUACCAGACCUUGCAUCGCUGGAUACGCUAUGUGUCGUGGAAAUACAGCAAGAUGUGCUUUAAACGGGAUUUGUUGCUCACAAGAAUCCUGCCAUAUGGAUACAUCAUGCAAAAUUUCCAAUGUUGUUGGCAACAAUCAAAAACUUGAUGAUAAUUUGAAUGUGAUACUUUCAGGCAAUGAAAUCUCUAGCGAAAUUCCUCAAUAAUUUAAUUCCAUUUUAUAUUCCAUAAUUAUCGUUUUCUAUCUUAUCACACACAAAACAGGUUGUUUAAUCUAUUAUAAAAAUAUUCUACCGUAUCUUCAUGUUCCAUUUAUUUGCAUAAAUAAAAUUUCAAUGGAAGCAGUAAAAAAA